AUGGAACCGAAGUUUUCAGACAUGGACUGGCUCGACUCAGCUGGUGAAAUCAUGGAAGUUGCCACACAAUCGGGUUUAUACAAACAAUUUUCACAUUUGAAGACAGAUUAUGAUCGUAUUCAAUUUAUGCACGAUCAUAAACAAUUAUUAACAACUACGAUAGAAAAAUAUCUAAAGGAACUUACAAACAAUGGAAAAGAUAUAACAAAAGCAAUAUCAUACCGUAAACAAGGAAAUGAUUGUUUUGUUAGUAAAAAUCUUAGACAAGCAGCAUGGCAAGUCGAUAAAAGUGAAAUGAAAAUAUUGCUAAAUGAAAACUUUUUAGGUGUUACCGCGCUAGUAUUAGUAUUUCGACGCGCCGCUUGUUAUCAUAAGUUAGGCGAUAAAGUUCGAAGUUCAUAUGAAUUGAAAAUUGCAGCCGAAUUGAUUAAGCAUGCUAAUGGUUUAGAUCGAAAAAAAAUUGAAUCCUAUUGCAAAGAAAUGGAACAAUUGAGCCGUCAAACCGAAGAAACAUUAUCAAAAAAACUAGAUGACGAUCAUGAACAAGAGUCGGGAAUUCUGCAAAGUAAUAACGAAGAAAAAGAGAGGCAGUAUAAGAAUUUGGAUGAAUUAAUUGACAAUUGUCAGUCACCGAGUGAUACAAUAGCAUUGAAGCUUUUGUCAUCGAAAACCAAUAGUAAAAAUGAAUUACCAUCUCCUUUAACACCACCUUCACCUCCACGAAAAUUAGAAGAAUUAGAAAUCUAUCGUCCACAGUUGUAUAACAAGAAACAUGAACAAAUUCCAUGUUGUAGUUCGUCUGUUCGGAUGAAUUAUACAAAAGAAAAAGGUCGACAUCUAAUUGCUCAAAAACCAAUUCCAUCAAAUGAAAUAAUUCUAAUCGAAAAGCCUUAUUCAUGGUUAUUAUUACCAAAUUAUUGUUACACAUACUGUGAUCAUUGUUUAAAGUUAAUCGUGAUACCAUUUGUUUGUUCUAAGUGUUCACAUGUGAUUUAUUGUAGUGAAUAUUGUCAAAACUAUUCACUAACUAAUUAUCAUCAAUAUGAAUGUGAUUAUAUUCAUGUACUAAGAACAUUAGGCAUUGCUUAUUUAGCAUAUCGAACAAUAACUAUUACGGGUUUGGAGCGUUUACUAGCACCAACAAACAAAACUUCAUCAAGUUGUUAUUAUUCUGAUUAUGAAUCUGUUAAAAAACUGAUAACACACACUGAACAAAUGUCAAUCGAUGAUUUAUUUCAUUAUUCAUUAACAGCAUAUUUAUUAUCCGAAAUAAUUAAACAAACAAAAUUUAUUCAAGGAACAUCACAUGAAGAGCAAAUUAAACAACAGUUAAUUAUCGCUAGUCAUUUAUUGAGGCAUAUACAACAAAUGAUAUGUAAUGCACAAACAAUAUCAGUCAUGAAAAAGAAUAUUAAACCAAAACAACAAGAAAAUAAUGAAGUUUCGGCUAGUAGUCAUAUUGUCAUUAAUGAGCAACAACAGCAACAAUCAACGAAAAAGACAAAAAGUGCAACACAGAAUGAGGGAAAUCAAAAUGGCAUGAAUGGUAUUACAAAAGCAAAAGUUAAGGAUAUAUCUAACGAUGAAAAUCAGACCGAUGAUAUUGAUGAUGAUUUAUAUUUUGAUAAUUUUUCUGAAAAUGAAGAUGAUUCGUUUAUUAGUGAACGACGUUUGGCUAGCGCUCUCUUCCCGACAUGCAGCUUGAUGAAUCAUUCUUGCGUACCAAAUAUAACAUGUUCAUUUUAUAAUGCAUUACUCAUAGUGAGAACAUCAAGAAAUAUUUUAGCUGGCGAAGAGCUUUACAAUUGUUAUGGACCACAAAAAUCUCGUAUGUCAACACAAUUACGACAAUCAGUAUUAUACGAACAAUAUUAUUUUAAAUGUACAUGUGAGGGAUGCGUAGAAAAUACAAAAAUGAAUGAUAGAAAAUUGAAAUCAACAAAAAAACUUUUACCAUCAUCAUCAACAACAACAACAACUCGUUUUCCAUCAAUUAAGAAAAAUAAAGUAGAUAACUCAAAUGAACAAGUGACAGGAAAUGCGCAUAAUUUAUUUUAUUUGAAUUUUGCUGAAAAAUUAAACGAAGCUAAAACAAAAUUUUCUAAUGGAACAAACUGUUUAAUUUUGUAUGAACAACAAACAAAUAAUGCUGAUUUGUGGCAAAAAGGUUUGAUUUAUUUAGAAGAAGCUCAAUUAUUAUAUGAACAUAUUAUUAACGAAUUAAAUCUUGAUUCUGUCCACAUUUAUGAUUAUAUUGCUAAAAUAUAUAAUGAUAAACAAGACUAUGAAAAAUGUUCAUCCUAUCUAAAUCGAUCUAUAUCUAUUUUGACCACAUAUGUUCAUUCUUAUUCAAUCGGUUAUUUAUUAGAUGAUUUGAGAAAAUAUGCUCAAACACUAUUUAAUAGUAGAAAAUUCAAUGAUUCACUGUCAAUGUGUGCUCAAGCAUUAACCUUGAUACAAAAACAUUCUAUUACCUCUAUGAAUGGUCAAAAUAUAAAAGAUUAUUUGAAAAAUAUCGAAGAUUUAAAAGCCGAAUGUGAAUUAUGUAUUAAAUUAUUGCAAAACUGA